AUGCGCGACGAUAGCAGCAGCGAGGCACAGGUGCCGCUGCCCGUGCAUGCUGUGAAUGCAUCGUCACGGUAUGUGGUGGCGCUGACUGCUGGUAACAUCUUGGUAUUUGAUGCGCACACAGGUGAGAGGCGCGGGGCGCUGGACACAUGCGUGGAUUCGAAUGCUCCGAUACCGCCUCACAUGGUGUGCUUCCCACGCAUCUGUGCUAUUUCGCCCAAUGAGAAGUAUGUUGCUAUUGCUUCCGACGACAAAGCUCUGCGUGUGUGGUGCAUCGAUGACCUGGAAUAUGGGAAGGAAGUGUUCGUCCAGCCGCUGGCCAAGCGUGCCGGCACGGUGCAUUGGGUCAACGACUGUGAAAUGGUUGUGGCGGACAAAUUUGGCGAUGUAUGGAGCUUUGUCAUCGAUCCAUCCCAUCCAAAGCAGGUACAGAGCCUGGCCGAUGCUGAUACAGACGUCGCAUCGUCUGGUGCCGCUUCGGCCCAGGGACCCCGGCCCAAGUUGGGUCAUGUGAGCAUGAUAACCUGUCUUGCAUUCCUGCGCGAUGCUUCCUCUGAUACGCCAUCCACGAUCGUUACUUGCGAUCGAGAUGAACAUAUCCGUCUCUCGCGCUGGGGACCACACCGGGCAGCUCAUAUCGUGCAGCAGUACUUGCUUGGGUCACGCAGCUGUGUGGGAGCUCUCGUGGUUGUGCCGGCAGACCGCGCUGAAAGCGCUGGCUUCCCAUGCUCGAGGAGACCCGUCCUUAUCACAAGCGACGGCGGUGCAUGCUUGCGUGCAUGGUGCAGUGAUGCGAAUGGCAAAUAUGCGCUGCAGGCUACUUGCCACUUCGCCGCGGAAGCCAUGGCGCAGUUUGUCUGUGUCGAUGCUGCCGUGGAGCGCCGCCGUGAAAAAGCGGCCAACAACCUGGCCCACAAAGGCGGUUUUGAUCCACAGGAGCCUGAACCAGCGACCAAGCGUGCUAAGCGCGAUGACUUGCCCGAAGAGGAUGCCAAAGCAGGCGGGACUUCUCUUGUGAUCCAUCAACUCCUAUAUUUCCACGAUGGCGAGCACGACUGGCUCGUUAUUCGGGUCGAAGGGGCUAAAGCUCUCUUCACUGUUCGUCUGGAUCAGCUUACUUCCGAUGUUUCCGCACCUGGACUGCCUGUGCGCGAUGCCUGCGCGCUGGAUGCCCCGAUCCUCGAUACGUCGCUCGUACAUGAAGAGGGCUGCAUCGUGCUCUGGGUGUGCUGUGACGAUCGGCCAGGCAUGGGAACUGGCCCGCCUUUGAGUAAGUGGACAUGGGAUACGGAUCAUUUCACGCAGGAUGCAGUGCAUGGUGAUACACCUUUGCACGCACUUACUUCGAUCCAAGCGUCGAACACGACACGAGCCACAGUGUCGCAUGCCGUCCAGUCCAAAUUGUGCCUCUACUCGCAAAUUAUGACUUGGCCCAAGCCACCGCAGACAAACCCGGAUGGUACGCCUUUCUCGUCCUUUUUCCUUAGCCACCAGUCUGAUCAAGUAUCGCGCGGCAUGCUGGACCGCUUCCAGUCGGGCAAGCGUGCGGCUGGACGUGCCAAGAACCAAGCCAGUAUUCAGCAGCAGUUUGGCGGUAGCUAG